CCACCCCUCCGCUCUAUUUUAACGGAAGGUCUUCCAAAUUCUUACCCUCCUCUUUUACUCCUAGAUUUUGUUUACAGUAGUCUGAACCUCUCAAGUACGGCUUUCAGGCCCACACAGCUUUCUCUCAAGGCUCCCCAGUGAAAGUAUUCGGACCUCUCAAAUGACAGUGAAUUCUUCGACCGAGCCAAUUUAUACUAUGAUUGAAUAACACAGGUUUGCUACUUUUUAAAUCUGGGACAACUUAUAUUCCCGUGUCCCCAACCAACAUCUCGUUUAAUUCUCGAUCUGUGACAAGGACAGACCAUAAGGUACCUAGACGUACUUAUCUGCGUUCUGAACAAUCGGUGGCCAAGGACCUCACUCCUCUGCAAGGGACACCAUGCCGACCCUUGCCUUGAUCAAUUUCAACAUUGUCUGCGCGACGUUGGGCGGAUUCAUCUCCGUCUUUGGCUUGGUAUCCUACUUGUUUAAGGAGAGAUUCUAUUUGUCUGAAGCAUUAAUCUCAUUGCUGGCUGGGGUUAUCUUUUCUCCUCAUGCUGCCAAUUUCAUAAGGCCCAAGGAAUAUGCGCUCGGGUCAGAACAAAAUUUGGAGGAGAUUACGAUGCACUUCACUAGAUUAGUUCUUGGUGUUCAGCUGGUGCUCGCGGGAGUCCAACUUCCGAAGCGCUAUUUGCAAAUAGAGUGGAAGAGCUUAUCACUGCUACUGGGGCCCGGCAUGGCCGCCAUGUGGCUGUGUAGCAGUCUUGUCGUUUGGGCCAUGGUUCCUAACUUCCAGUUUCUCCAUGCUCUCGUAGUUGGCGCAUGCAUCACCCCAACUGACCCAGUGCUUUCUAAUUCGAUAGUCAAAGGUAAGUUUGCGGACAAGAAUGUUCCUCGGCCACUCCAGAGAAUCAUAGUUGCCGAAUCAGGGGCUAAUGAUGGCCUCGGCUAUCCUUUCCUGUUUUUCGCAAUGUAUCUUCUCAAAUACACCGGUAUGGGAGGUACCGGGUAUAGCGGAGGUGCUGGAAAAGCUAUGGGUCUGUGGUUUUAUGAGACAUGGGCUUACACAGUGAUCUUAAGCGUUGUAUAUGGAAUCACCGUUGGCUGGGCUUCUAGGGAAUUGCUUCACUGGGCAGAAGAGAAGCGUUAUGUUGACCGCGAGAGUUUCCUUGUCUUCGCUAUCGCCCUUGCAUUGUUUAUCGUUGGUACCUGUGGCAUGAUUGGAACAGAUGACCUCCUGGCUUGCUUUGUGGCAGGAAACGUUUUCACACAUGAUGACUGGUUCCGUCUUGAAACAAUGGAUGAUUCCCUGCAGCCAACUAUUGACAUGCUUUUGAAUUUGGCGAUUUUUAUGUGGUUCGGUGCAGUGUGUCCAUGGUCCUCCUUUCUGAAAAACGAUCUCAUUCCGAUCCAUCGCUUAAUAUUUCUGGGGGUCUUGAUCCUGCUCGUUCGCCGAAUGCCGAUCAUCUUUGCAUUGCAUAAGUAUAUCGGGCAAAUCGAGCACCUUUUUCAGGCAGCUUUUGUUGGGUUUUUCGGCCCCAUCGGCGUCGGCGCCAUAUUUUAUCUGUCGGUCAGCCGAGACUUCCUACAGGGAAUUAUUGUUGACGGCAAGGUCCGAGAUGAUGCACAGACGGUUUCCGAGGCGGUCGACAUCAUCGUAUGGUUUUUGGUCAUCUGCAGCAUCGUUGUCCAUGGUCUUUCUAUACCGCUGGUGAAAGCGGGAUACCACCUCCCACGGACCAUCUCCAACGCGCUGAGUGUUACUUCCACUGCUGAAAUAGAACCCGUCCCAAUCACGAACGUACAGCAUACUCACAGCACUGCGACACAAGACUAUUCACGAGGACGCAAACGACCUGGCGCACCUCGAUCUACAGUUCUGCAGCUAGGCCGAUCCGUCAUAAGAGCACGGUCCUCAGACGAUCCGCAACAAUUGGGUACAGGUCAUGAAGGGGAGCCUGAAAGACCCGUCAAUUUGAUAGCCCAUGAGAAUGAAACUGAGGCUAUCUCAGGCAACGCCAUACCACCAGGCAGUAGUCGUUGAUCUACCGUGCGAGUCUGUCGGUCGGCCCAUCUGAUUAUGUAGGUAUAUUCAGUGCUGAGUUUUAGGCCCGUUGUUUCUAUAUAAUUUAGAGUAUACUCGCUUGAUCUGAUCAAACAAAAGAUUUUGCGUGAUAUAUUUGGUGAAUUAUGUACAGAUUGGAAAUCAUCUAUAAAUGUCAAGAUUUUGUUCUCACUCUGUCUAUCUCGUCAUAUUGGUUCUUGUUGUUUGUUCUGCCAUAGUUGCCAUACCGCUUUACAUUUUCCGAGACGAAUCAAGCCUUCCUGGGUAUUCCAUGUACAUUAAAAACCCGAGAUAGCCCAUAACUUUGGUACAAAUUUGAUUCUAAUCUCAACAAUGAUAA